UCUCGGGAAAAAAUUUUAUAUGAUUUAUAGUUUUCUCAACGCCACAUCCGGCCGUUUCGCUGGGCAAUUCGACGCCUCCAGCCUUACCAACGUCACAACCACAACCUCUACCACAGUCAAUAGCACCACCACCUCUACCACAAUUAUCAACAACAGCCUGUUCAGUUACACAAUUAGCACAAAGUCCGAUGGCUAAUUUAAUGUCAAUUACAGAGACAUUGCCGCCAGGUAGUCCACGCAAUGGACCCAGCCCACCAGGACCUCCACCACCGCGUACAGCUUCUCGCGGUAGCCAACAUUCACCGAAUAGUUCGGCAGGCUCAUCAUCCGGUCGUCGUUCUUCUGGUUCUCGUCAUGUUUCUAGCACAACUGUUACCAGUUCGGAAGUGCAAUCAAAUCAGCCAAAUGCUCCACAAGUUGGCCCUGGUGGCUCAGUUAAUGUAAGCAGUGGUGGGGGUGCAGGACCAUUGCCACCCGGUGCUAACGGCGGACCAGAUGCCGGUACUGGACCCAGCGGUAGCAAUGGCACAGGACAGUCAGCUCCUGGCAUGAAUUCAACAGCAACAGCUCCAGGCGCUGCUGCACCUACUUCAGCACAAAAUGCCACAUUGAAGUGCACAUUAUGUCAGGAACGUUUAGAGGAUACACACUUUGUGCAGUGCCCCUCGGUUAAUCAUCAUAAAUUCUGCUUUCCCUGCAGUCGGGAGAGUAUUAAGAGACAAAAUGGUCUCGGUAAUGAGGUGUAUUGCCCAAGUGGUGAUCGUUGUCCCUUAGCAAAUUCCACCAUACCAUGGGCAUUUAUGCAAGGUGAAAUCACAACAAUAUUGGGUGAAGAGGUUAAGGUGAAAAAAGAACGUGAGUCUUAAUGUCCAUUUUAUUGUAAGAAGCUACGACGAGCUUUGGAGAAGUUUUAAACAGUUUCAAUACAACAACAAAGCGAUAACAAUACUACUUUAACAACGAGCAUUUUCAAUAUGAAAUGUUUGCAGUUUUAACUAACAUAUCCCAGGAGUCUGCCAACAUAUGGCAACUCGAACAUUUUAUUCAG